AUGGAAACCAACAAGAGGAAAGCGGCGGAUGAGGAGCCUGAUGCGGUCAGGCCGGCGGAAGAACGACAAUUGACCAGUCCAGUCCGCGAACCUGAGGCAAAACGACAAAAACAAACAAAUAAUGAUGAUCCCCAGCCGGCGCAAGAAGCCACCACCAAGCCGACCCCCAAUGUCCGGAGCGCCCCGUCUUCCGGACCCGGCCAGACCGGCGUAACAACCGGGACUGCACCACGCAAGUGGACGGAAGAGUACUUUCGGAAUCUCUACAUUAAAGACCCCAGCUUCAAAUACCUUGGCCUGAAAGACCCAGACUUUGCGCCAUUCCUCGAUUCAAAAAACCAACUCGACUUCAAUGACCCUUCCGCAGUAAUGCAGUUAACCAAAACCCUCCUGAAAAUUGACUACGGUCUGCAAAUCGAGCUGCCGCCUGAUCGUCUCUGUCCUCCUGUUCCCAACAGGCACAACUACAUCCUCUGGCUCAGCUCCCUGCUUUCCUCCUCAACUUAUCACCCUGACCAGACUCAUCCUUCUUCUGGUUCUCAAAGGCGCCUAAUAGGCCUAGACAUCGGCACCGGCGCCUCAGCAAUCUAUCCCCUCCUAGGCUGCACUCAACACGCCAACUGGUCAUUCAUAGCAACCGACAUCGACGCCCACUCUUUAUCCUACGCCCAACGUAACGUUCAACUCAACAACCUUCCGGACCGCAUCACCUUGUUACUUCACACACCGGACCAACCACUGAUUCCCUUCGACUCACCCACCCUCACCGCGCGCGGGAUAGAAAGGGUAGAUUUCACAAUGUCUAAGAAGAGCAGGCCACCACUGACUGCUUGCACGGGCGCUGAAGUGGAAAUGGUAUGUGACGGUGGGGAGGUGAAGCAUAUCUUUCGUAUGAUCGACGAGUCGCUUGUUUUGAGAGAGAAGGUGGGGUGGUAUACGAGCAUGGUUGGGAAGGUUACUUCGCUGGAGACAGUAGUGGAGAGGUUGAGGAGGGAAAAGAUUGACAAUUAUGCGGUCACAGAACUGGUCCAGGGGAACAAGACGAAGCGGUGGGCUGUGGGGUGGAGUUUUGGGGGUAUGAGAGCUGGCGACAAGGAGGGAAGGGGAGUGGGUGGUGUUUGGAAGAAGUUGCUGCCGGCGGUGGUGAGGGUGGAGGUUGGGACAUGGAAAGGGGCAGAUAAGGUGGGAAACGUGGUGGAAAGGGUGAAGAACACUCUGGAGGGACUGGAAAUGAUGAGUUGGGAGUGGAAUGGUGAGAGGAUGAGAGGUGUUGGGAGGGCAAGGGGAAACGUUUGGAGUAGAGCUUGGAGGAGGAAGAGGGAGAGGGAGAUGAGAGAGGUUAUACAGGAGAAGAAGAAGGACGGUGAUUGUGACGGUGGCGAUGGGAAUGGGCCAAGAGAAGAGGGGUGCAAACUGGGAUUUGAGGUGGUGGUUGAAGUUGGGAAGGAUGGGGCCACGAAGGUGGUGUUGCUUUGGAGGGAAGGACAUGAUCAAGCCAUUUUCGAGAGUUUGUGGGGGUAUAUGCAGGGGAAGAUGAAGGACCUAUAA